AUGCCCCAUAGCCAAUCCAACUGCCCACUUAGCAGAAGCAGAAUCAACUUGCAACUCCAAAGCCCUCAAACACGGGGAAAGCGUGACAGCAUCGCAGCGCCUCAGCUUGUCCUUGUUCGCUUCGCCUCUCUCUUGCUUGCCAUUCCGCCGCUUCUAGCCCUCACUCGACCCGAAAAACCGCCCUCGCCCUCCGUUGCUCCCACGAGCCGCCACCCCUCGAGCCAGAAUUGCACGCGAGACGAUGCUGCCGUGAGACCUCUCGCCUCGACCAGCGCUGUGACUCGCAGUCUCGAGGCCGUCCUCGACAUCGUCUCUCCCUCCUCGCCUUCGACAGAGCACCACAGCUCCAGCAUCGCCGCCUGUCUCCCGUCGAAGCGCCCGUCUCUCCUUCAUCCGCCCAUCAUGGACGGCCAGCCGCAGCCGCAGCCGAAGCCGGCGCUUCUCGCCCAUCUGUCUCAAUUGCAGUCGCUUCCCUUGCGGACCGCCAACAGCACGCCCACGGCUUCUCCUGGCCUCUUCAGUCCCGUCGCCAGACACGGCCAUAUGCCCACCUCGUCCUUCUCCGAGAGCAACUCGCCCGCCCCUUUGUUCGACAGCCCCUACUUGCACCCGCUGCAGACCCACCGAGUCCGAGAGACCCACAAAGCUCUCAUCGAUUCCGACGUCACCACCGGCCGCAAGUCCAUCAAUCAGUAUGACAUUAUCGAGGAGAUUGGCCGUGGAAUGCACGGCAAGGUCAAGCUGGCCCGCAACACCGAGACCAGCGAAAACGUUGCCAUCAAAAUCAUUCCGCGCUUUUCCAAGAAACGACGACUCGGCAAGGUCACUGCCAUGUCUCCCCAGGAUAAGACCAAAAAAGAAAUCGCCAUUCUCAAGAAGAUUAGACACCCCAAUGUUGUCGCCCUACUAGAAGUCAUUGACGAUCCUGAGCUGAAAAAGAUUUACAUGGUUCUGGAGCAUGUUGAGCUGGGCGAAAUUGUAUGGCGUAAGAAGGGACUGCCCCAUAUCUGCUCGUACGAACGGAGACGAUCUGAGCGCGAGAUGAAUGGGCUGCCCGCCACCGCCGAUGAUAUGCGGUGGGAUCAGCUACUCGAGCGCCGGCAGAUCAUCAAGGAACUCAAGCGGGCAAAGAUGGCCCAAAACAACACCGGCCCUGAGUACUGGAGCGUGGAACACGGCGCCGCCGACGACGCGAGCACCGUAAGCCCCUGGUCUCGUAUCUCCUCCAAGGAAGACUUUGCUGCCACCGAUGGUUCCGUGUCCAUGCCCAUCUCCCGCCGCUCCUCUCUGGCCCCCUCUCAAAGCUAUUCCUUCUCUUCUUCUCCUGGAACAAGGGAUGAAGACGAAUGGCAUGAUGACCAUACCACCCCCGGUCCCACCUCUUCUCAGCCUCCCCUCUCCACAAGCGCACUCGAUGGAACCAUGUUUGGAGCCUAUACCAACAAUGACGACAGAAUGAGCUUCCGCGAGCGCUCUCCCAGCAUGGCCGACUCCAUCAUUUCCCACAUGUCUUCCAUCGACUACAACGUCCGUGCUCACGACCCCUUUACUGACGACUUCUCCUAUGUCCCUUGCUUCACCUUUGACCAAGCCCGGUCUGCCUUUCGCGAUACUGUACUAGGUCUUGAAUACUUGCACUACCAGGGCGUUGUUCACCGUGAUAUCAAGCCUGCCAAUCUGCUUUGGAGCAAAGACCAUCGUGUCAAGAUUUCCGACUUUGGUGUUUCUUACUUCGGCCGACCUAUCCGUGAGGGUGAGCCCGAUGAUUUGGUGUCUGAAUCCGAGGCAAAGGACUUUGAUGAUGACCUGGAGCUUUCAAAGACUGUUGGCACUCCGGCCUUUUUUGCCCCGGAGCUCUGCUACACCGACCCUGACCAGGCCCAGCCCAAGGUUUCUGAGCAAAUUGACGUGUGGUCUCUCGGCGUGACUCUCUACUGCCUCAUCUAUGCGCGUAUCCCUUUCCUGGCAGAGGAUGAAUUCCAGAUGUUCCGAAAGAUUGCCACUGAGGACGUGUAUAUCCCGCGCAAGAGACUCAAGCCCGUGGACCCCUCAACCUCACCCACCGUAACGUCUCUCUACAAACGCCAAAACACUCAUCCAUACCGCGACGACAAUGAUCUCGAAUAUGAAGACGUGGAUAAUCUCUUGUACGACUUGCUGCGCCAGAUGCUCAUCAAGAAUCCAGAGAAGCGAAUACGCCUCAAGGAUAUCAAGAAACACCCCUGGGUGCUCCAGGGACUUCCCAAUCCCAGAUCAUGGGCAGAAGAAACUGACCCGGCCAAGCCAUCCAGUGGCCGCAAGAUUCAGGUUGACGAGAGGGACCUCUCGUCUGCCGUCGUGCCCCUCACCUUUCUUGAACGGGCCCGAUCUGUUGUCAAAAAGGCUGUCGGGAGAGUCAUGCAUCCCUUGGUCGACCGUAGCGAAAGUCGAUCACGUCGGCGGGCCACCAGCAGUGUCGCCAGCUCCGGAGGUGAUAGCAUGCCAAAGCCCGUCGCCCUCCCCGUUGCUGUUCCGGCUACGAAUCCACCUACCCCUUACAUGGAUAGGCGCCGCAGCCUUCAUCCAGAUGACUACUUUCCCGGCCUGCCAGUCAGGGACGCAUUGUCGAGUAUAGAGCUACGCUCUUCAGACUUCGCGGCCGCUAGCAGUCGCGCGGAACCCGUUGCCUAUGAUCCCAUGGCUACAGUCCUGCCACCCCUGAAUACGCAACCGGCCACCAUGACCCGAGGGCGCUCCCACAGCGAGCUGGACGAAGCAGCAACGGCGGAGUUCCGCCCUGCUAUCAUUGGCGUCCCCAUUCGUAACGGAGGAACCGUGCGUGCUAGAAACGUUCCACAGUUCUUACCCUUGACGCCUCAUACGGUACCGCCUACCCCUUCUUUUGAUAGAAAUCCUCCGUUCCGUCCGGAACUACCAAGUGCGCGAUCGGAGCUCAGUGCUCUGAGAGGAGAUUCGGUCCGCUCACCUUCUACGGAACGCAGCCUUUUCGCGAGCCACGACAAGCGAGCCACUCCCCAGGUCGCUCUGAAUACUGCCGUGGCUCCGGGGAACAUUCCAGGCUUACGAAGCACACGCUCAAUGCGCUCUGUUGACUUGGGCAAAAGCAGAUAUGGAUACCAGCUGUCAUCCUCCCCACUGUCUUCGUCUCCUCAGCCAAUACCCCCUUCCUCGUAUCAUCAUCACAGGCAUCUUCAGUCGGAUCCAAAUUUUCAUCACAGUCGGUACCAGGAGCGCCCUACUACCGCCCACCGUGUAGACAACGGGGCUGAUAUCAGAUCUCCUCUCACCCGCACUUCCGUCGCAAUGAGCCCUGAACCAGCCUUUUCUGCCUCGUACGUGAGCGAAGAUGGCUCGGCUGACAUGGGUAGCCAGUGGUCUCGUAUUGCUAAUCAAGAUUGGCAAUCCGAUGCCCCGUCGCGAAGGGGCACUGUUGAAAUUGCAAAGACUGCGAGCACUGAUUCCAUGGAUCAUCUCGGAACGCCCCUGACAAGCCCAAGCGAAACAGCUAGCCCUGUUGCCGCCUGCCCGGCCGUCAACAACGCAUCGCAGCGAAUGCUAGUCUUUCAGUCGGACCCCUCGCUGCCGGCUCUUCUUAGCGGCGCCAGCUCUGUUUCGGCCGAUUUGGAAGGGGAGCUGUUGCUCAGACCAGGAACUGUAGACCCGCAGACCACUUUCUUACAAACCAAAGACUCGCUCACUCCUCCGGCCUUGGCAAAGGAGCCUGUCGGUGGCUUCCCCAUCGACCAAGUCUUUGCCCAUCACUCGUCCAUGGAAGGUGUUCAGCUUCAGGUCAAGAUUGACCGCCCACCAACCUCGGACAACCAUGCCACAAGCCACCAACAUCGCAAGCACGACGAGGAAGACAAUGAUGAUGACAGUGAUGAGGGGCUUCUACUUAUGGCUAAAACCAAGAAGCGACCGCCAGUUACGACUAGACACCGGCCCUUUGAGGCUAGACGUCGCGACACAAAUAUGAGCACUGCGAGUGAUGAAACCGCCCGGAGAGUCAAUAUUUCUCCCGAAGCAUGA